AAUGAAUAAUUAUUUAAAAAUAUUACUGUCAAUUUUUUAUUUAAUUAUUUUAUUUAAUAAAAUAAAAUCAUCGAAAGAUAGUAGUAACGAAGAUUUAGAGACUUCCAAUUCCUUCGACGGACCUAUUCAAAUAGUGGAAAAGGAAGAAAGAAUUUCACCUCAAUUAUCUCAUCAAGAGGACAAUAAUUUAAAUGAAAUUGAAAAUAAAGGUAAGAAAAGAACUUUUAAAUGGAAAAAGAUUAAUUUUUUAGAUGAAAUGAAGCAAAAUUUCUCAAUUAAAGACAAUAGAUUAAAUAAAUCAAAGGAACACAAUUCUUCCAAAAUAAAUAAAUUUUCUUUUAUAUUAUUUAUUUUUCCAAUUUAUAUUUUAUUUAAAAUUUAA